AUGGAACCUGAUUUUACAAUGAUUUACGAUUAUUUUGUGGACAAAUUCGAUAACAAAACUUUAAAAACUUUAUUUGAAAACAACGACAGCUCUGUUUCCCGACAUUUCGACGGAGACGAGCACCUGUCCAGGACCCUGGGACUGGGAAUAAGUUUCGGAAUUCUCGGGAUUUUAUCCUUGUGUUUCAAUUCUCUAAUAUGCGGCAUCAUCAUCCGGAACAAAACUUUCCACACUGUCACCAACAUAUUUUUGGCCAACAUGGCGAUGUCGGACAUUUUGUUGGUAUCCAUCAACGUUCCACUGAACAUUAUUCGUAAUGUUACCUACGAAUGGAAUUUAGGAGUCGUUCUUUGCAAAGCCUUGACAUAUUCUUUGAUGAUCUCGUCUUAUGUAUCUAGUUUUACUCUUACAGCUAUUGCUUUUGACAGACAGAGAGUUCUACUGCACCCGCUGAAACCGAGGAUGACUAAACAGAAAGGGGUAGGUGUUAUCUUUGUCAUCUGGGCGGUAUCUAUCACUCUUGCUUUACCGUACGGACUUUUCAAUUCUGUCAAAGAUAUGGACAUUUUUGUUAUGAAAGUUAAAAGAUGUCGUUCGGACUUUCCGAAAUCAAGUGUAAUGUGGGAACAAUAUUUAACUAUUUUUACCAUUCUCGCUCAGUAUAUUAUCCCGUUAUUUUUCAUUGGCGUAGCCUAUAUGAGGGUUAUUCAUAAGUUAUGGAUGAGGAACCAGCUAGGAUACGUAACAGAGGACCAGAGAAUAAGACAAAUUCGCGCCAAAAGAAAGAGCAUCAAGCUUCUGAUCGGGGUCGUUGUGGUGUUUGCUGUCUGCUGGAUGCCACUUAACCUGUACCACGUCCUGACGGACCUUCAUCCCAAUACCGAGACAUUUAAAUACGACAGUCUGGCUUUCUUUAUCUGUCUCUGGGUGGCAGUAAGUAGCACGUGCAUUAACCCUUUUCUUUAUUGUUGGAUAAAUCCACGGUUUCGAAAUAAGAUCGUCAGCAAAAAGUCAUGUUGCUACAAAAAAGCAGAAGUUGCUGUGACGUCGGAAGAAAUGGAGGAUCUCACAAGUUCCCCGGAUACAAACACCCAAGAGACUAAUAUUAGCAAAUUUCCAGUAUUUUCAUUUUUGAAACUGAAGUUGGACAAUAAGUCCGUAUUCGGUUGA